AUGCCAUGGCAAGUUGACUCUUCGGUGUGCGAGACGCUACAAAGAGCCAGGGGUAUAUGCCAGAUGGUUACUCAGGCUUAUCUUGCACGCCAAGCAUGGUUCAGUGAUGGAUCCUGUGCAAACAAGAAGCAAGCUUUGUCACCAGAACUGCGCUUGUCGGGAAGGCAGAUCAAAAAGCGCGUGCUGGAUAGCACAAUAUGCAUCCAACGUGCGUGGCGGCAGCGAUUACGUACCGAAGCCCGUCUGAAGCAUCGCGAAAGCUGCCGGAUUGCUGCGGCCUUGGGGGGUUCAGCAGGCUACCUUUACAUAGGAGGUCUUGCAGGCCCGAGAUCUCUGGCUGCAGACAUCGUAGAGAAGCUGAGUAGGGAUGGUAAGUAUUCAUCAUCAGCCGCUGCCGCUGCUUUUGCGCGUCGCUGGAAGCUCCUCCGAGCAUUUUUCGCACUCAAGCGGGCCCGAUUCUAUGCACCCCGCGAAGGUCGUAGGCGCAGCUAG